AUGCGCUCUAAGCGAAGUAAAACAGAAGAGAGAAAAGUCUUGAAGAAGGAACUAGGUGUUGAAUAUUGUUAGUGAGGAAAAAGUUAGGGUUUGUCUCUUCAAAAUGGUAUGAAUAUCGUGUAUACUUGUGCCAGUAGUGUUGUUUAUCUGGCACAAGUUCAUUCAGCCGCUUGUUGAUAGAUGGUAUGGAAAACCUAAACUCGAAAGUGGGAAACAAGAUGGUUUACAAAAAUCUAAUGAAAAGGUGAGUGAGCUUAUAAGCACAUAUAAGAGCAUAAAGUGAACGCAAUUCCAGAAUCUAGUAUUUUAAAUUGGUCUGAUUCGGCUGUUCUUGUACGGAUAAACCUGACCUCCCAAAACGCUUCGAUUCAUCAUGUCACCACGUUUGAGUUAGCUUAAGCUUACACGUACUUGGAUUGCCACAUUAUGGCAACGGCUUAAUUUUUUAUCUUUACUGUUACAUGUUUGCCAAAAGGGUAACACUUUGGUGCGUUAGAGACUUUCUUCAUGAUUUCUUGUAACUUAUGCAACCUCUUCUAGUUUUAAUCCAAGCAACAGAAAUGAUUCUACGGAAUGAAUAAAAUCCAAAGACAAUACACGACAAUAUCACUUUAAUUUGCUGAAUAUUUAAUUUAUCAUUUUUAUGAUGGGUGGAUAUUAUGUAUAUUGGCUUGCGUUCUGUUUAAGAACGUUUUAUCUUCAUAAUUUCAGUUCUAUUAUCUAAGCUAAGACAGUUUUUUAAAAACAUUUAUUUUUGUCUGCAAAUUAUAAAAUACUUCUACAUGUAUUCAGUUGUACAUGUAUGUUGUACUGUAACUUAUCAAAUUGCCUGAAGGUCAUGUCGACCCAAAUUAUCGGCUGAAACUGUAGAAUAGCAACUUACCUGUGUAAUUUUAAUGCAUAAAAUUAUUACGAUGACAUCCAGUUCUUUAUGUGUGAUUUACAUUAUAGCUGUAAUUAGCACCUCUGUAUUGUACUAUUAUUCAGAGGCUGUUAAGUCUUAAUCAGCGACCCCAUACCUUUCAGAGCAAGACUAAUACAAUGAUUGGCACCUGCUCUUAGUUUUUUCAAGCCGUUUGAUUUUGUGUUUUUUUAUUUAAUGGUAUUGUCCUACAUUAUGUUAUCUUAUUGUUAUACAUUACAGCUGUAAUUAGCUCUACCAUAUUAUACUACUAUAUUAUUUAGUGGCUUAAAAGUCUUAGUCGGCGACCACACACCUUUUAUAGCAAGAUUAAUACAGUGAUUGGGACCUCUAUACCCUUAGCUUAUUCAAGCCCUUUGACUUUGUGUUUUUUUUAUCUUCAUGUUAUUGUUAGAAUCAUAACUAUAACAAAAUUUUUGAUAUCUUAAGCUUUUCUAUAAUUAAAACACAGGAUAUUCCAACAGUUUUUUUAAGUAAAAAGGAAAACUCAUCUGAAAGUGCAUGUGCGAUGGCUAUUACUGUCCAAUUACUGUACGUAGACAAAUAUGACAUUUACUGUCGUAUUACACUGUCCUAUUAGAGCUGAAAUCAGGACUGUUUAUAGCCAAUCAGAUUUGAGAAUUGUUUUAUAGUUUUGAUUAGCCUUUUUAUCCAAUCAGUCAAAAUGCUUAAAUUACAGUAACAGAGGCUUUAUCAAUGACAAUAAACGGUGUUUUCUUGGUCUGAAUACUGUGCAGAAUGCAUUGAACCAACUUGCCCUUAAUCUGCUCCAAACAUGGACGUGAAUGAACCUUGGGUAGUGUAGCAGUUGGCUUGUGAAAUAACUUGUUUAACUUGUUGCAGUCAUAAAAAAGUAAUCUGUUGUAAACGGUCUCAUUAAUCUCAUUUUUUGAAUACGCCCAUCCAGCCAGAGUACAGCUAUGUUGUAGUUAAUUUUUUUUAUUUUAGGUAAUUGUUUUGUUUUUCCGUUGUUUCUGGAUAUGGUGAUGUGUGCUAAUGAAUUUGAAACAAAGGAAAAACAGAAAUUAACUGAAAUAUAUAAUUAACUACAGUCGACUCCCGAUAACUCGAACCUUCAAGGGAAAUCAAAAAAGGUUCGAGUUAUCGGGAGUUCGAAGAAAAUAGACGAGAGUAAGGUAAAAGACAGUUUUUACCGCACAGUGGACAUUUUAAUCACAUUUAAUUGUAGAAAUGUUAAGUGAAAAUUAAAAGAUACUUCUAGAUUAUAAAUCAGAACGUAACGUAACGUAACAAAACAUAGCUUAAAUAGAGCAUGCGUUUUACUGUUUUGAGGAGAAAAGCUGCUUCACGUUAGCCUGUGACAAUCAACAUCAGCCUCCACUAGUAAACUAUACUCCUACAACACGUCAAUAGGAAAUCCAAAAUUCAAUGUUUCGGACGCCCGUAGACGGCUUUUUUCCCGAUUUUUAAGGGCUCAAAACAUGGUUCGAGUUAUCGAGGGUAAAAUUAUAUAGAAAAUGACCUGAGGGGAAACGAAAAUUGGUUCGAGUUAGCGGGAGUUCGAGUUAUCGAGGGUUCGAGUUACCGAGGGUAAAAUUACAGUGAAUGUAUGACGGAAAUCCAGGGGAAAUAGAUUUUGGUUCGAGUUAGCGAGGGUUCGAGUUAUCGGGAGUCGACUGUACAUUCAGCUUCACCAAUAAGGCAUGACAAACAUGCAAAGAGCACAUGUGUCUGAAUUUGAAGUCCUGAAAAAAACUCUAAAAGUCAUUGAAAAUUGUUGUCAAAAGGGGGUAUAGACCCACCCCCAUGGGAAGCCACUGACUAGAGGUUCAACUGUACUUUUAGGAAUACUUCACGUUUUCGCUCAUCCUUCUUCUUUUUCAUCAGGGCACAUUAGCCAAUGGCGAAGUCAAAACAGAAGUGUCACCUGCUAAAGAAGUUGCAGUGGAUGGACAUACGAAGUCUGAAUAG